AUGGCUGGUCCGUGGCGACAUGUCGGUAGUGUGUUGGAUGCCAACAGUAUUAUUCCGAAGGGUGACCGUGCCGUCCCAUGGGCCCCGACAGUGGUGGCCGUCGACGGCACUUAUUACUGUUACUACAGCGUGAGCAAGGCAGGAUGUCGGGACAGUGCCGUGGGUGUGGCUACCUCCAAAUCACCAGGCCCAGGCAAGUGGCACGACCACGGUGUGGUUGUGCAGACAGGAACCGGCAACGGAACAGAUGUGUCACCAUAUACCAUCUCCAACGCCAUUGACCCGGCGGCACUGGUCCUACCGGAUGGGUCCGCCUACCUGACAUUCGGAAGCUACUGGACUGGUAUCUAUCAAGUCCCCCUCGGCAAAGACCUCAUCUCUCCGGUCAGCACAACCCAGCCAGAUGCCCGACACCUCGCCUACGAACCGAAUGCAAUCAGCGCACCGAAUCCAAAUGCAAACUCUAUCUGCGGAGAUCCCACGGGUCCACACGCCAUUGAAGGCGCUUUUACUUCAUAUCACGACGGAUAUUACUAUCUCUGGUUCAGCCAUGGACGAUGCUGCGAUCUAGACAGAGGCACGCUACCCGCUGCAGGAUCAGAAUACAGUAUUCGUGUGGGCCGAUCCAAAGACCCCCGCGGUCCAUAUAUUGAUCAAGCUGGAAAGAACUUGGUUGACGGUGGCGGUACGGUGAUCUACGGAUCCAACGCCGAAACUUAUGCCCCUGGCGGGCAAGGUGUGAUUCGAGUCGGCGAUACGGAUAUCCUAUACUACCACUACCAAAACAAAACUGUGGGCCUUGCAUUUUCGGACGCUUUACUUGGGUUUAACCCGUUGAAAUACGUCAAUGGAUGGCCUGUAGUACAGGCAUGA